ACCAUACGGUACCCAAUGAGAAAUAAUUGCAGUUUCUGCAGCCGCUCAGACAGAUGUUUAAGCAGACUUUGUUGUGUUUGGGUUCAUAUUUUCUAUAUUAUUGAAAUAUUGAACAUGAGACCAGAUGAGCACAAGAAGACUAAAAAUGCUCGAUAUAAGAAAAAACAUGGGAUACAACAAGGACAAUCAUCAGUGUCUGAUGACAAAGAUAAUGAACGUUCUAAUAUCACUGAAACUCAGGCAAAAUUACCAGCUUUUGGUGACAAUGAGGUACCGAUUUCUGAAUCUGGAUUCAGCAAGAGACCAAUCACAAGCAAUUGGGCGAAAUAUGAAUCUGCGGAAUGUGAUGAAAACGAUCAAGGAACCGAUUUUAAUGUUCUUCUAAGCUUUGCCGGUGAUACAUCCCCUCGAAUGAAGUUGAAGCAUGAAGAGGAAUGGGAUUCAGUACAGGAUUCACACAUCCUGUCAACAGAUCACACAAAUAUUGCUCAAGUUUUGAGAGAUAUUCCAUUUUCAGAGAAGUACAAGAUAAAUGAACUACAUUUAGAUGCUACUCUCAUGCAAUUUCUCUCAAGUAUGGAUGAAUCUGAUCUGACAUCGAAAGAAUAUUGUUUACAAAAUAGAGCAAUUUUAUCAAGCACAGAGACUCAAGAAAUGGGAUUUAAUUUUUCAAAGAAGAAUAUUAAUCAAGGUCCAACAAAUCCUACAGGUUGUAUUGAACCCUCUCUGAAGGAGGAUGGUAGAGAAGAAACUAAUAAAAAUCCAAUAUUGUGUAAUUCGAAUGAUGAAAAUACAUUAUUGAAAAACAAUGAACAUUCUUGCAUUCCCGAAUGUAGUUCACACUCUGAAGAGGACUUUCACACUAUUGAUGAAUUAAUUCAAAGUACUCAAAAAUCAUUACAAGCAGAAAAAAUAUCGACAUUUCAACAACAAACUUGUGACAAUAGUUUGUCGAAGACAGCAUCAAUUGCUGCAAUAGACCAAGUGCCAUCAGAAAGUGCAGAGUUGCAGCCAUCUGAACCAAAAGGAGAAGAAAAGUCGAACAAUGUUGAUGAUUUGGAAGAUUGGUUAGAUUCAAUAUUGUAACAACAUGCAAAGUUGUGCUAACAGAUUCAUUUCAUCUCUAUUUCCCAAUAUACAUGUGAACUAUUAAUAAAAUAUAAUUGGGGGCCCACAUACCAGAAUAAGCUUUGUAUCCUUCUUUAUUUAGCUUGGUAGUAUUACCUAUUUUUAUUUUAGCAAUGUCAUAUUAUACAUUCUGUUAUCUGCUAUUAGGAUUGAUAAUAUUAUGAUCCUAGUAUUCUAUCCAUAGUAUAGAUGCGGUAUAUACAAUUAUAAUCUUAAUUGAACAGAAUAGGAGAGAAAAUCCAGCAAUCUUCUUGCUCAUAAUUAUUCCCUGCAGACUGAAAUCUGCAAAUCUACGCAGUAUAUUCUUCCAUGUUAUGAUGAGUGUAUUCCUAAUUCCUGUCAUACAACAACUUUCUUUUUGAAGAACUUUAUAACAUGGUUAGGAUAAAUUCAUUAGUAGAGAAUAUUAUCUAUUGAAUAGUUUUAUCGAUUGAUACAAUACUACCACACAAGAUCAUUGCAGGGGUUUAUUAAUGUUUAAAGUGUAAAUCAUUUGAAAUAUAUUUUUGUUAUUGUAUGUACCGGUAUGUAUCUACAGUUAGAAUAGAGAUCUCUACCCAAUAUGGAAGUUUGCUUGCCUUGAUUUCAGAUUCUGUUGUCUUAAUUUGUGUUAUCACUGUACAGGGAUUAUUUUCCCUAAUUGCACUAGACUUUUAUGCCUCUAGGUAAAUUUCUUAUGAACAAGUAGCCCCAUAAAACUGAUAUGGUCAAUUGUGCUCAUAAUGCAUUAUUUUACUUUAUUAGA